UAUGUAUUGGCUAGAGUAUUUGUUUGAUGCAAAGAUUUUAAUUGGCUUUGGGGUAGGUGUAUUAACAGCUUCUCUAAGUCUAAUCCCUACGCUGAGAGAACACAAUCAAGAAAAUGCGCAAUCAUAGAUGAAAUUAUCAAAUAAAUCUAUUCCCUCAACUAAGGACCUAAAACAAGUAUAUAUAAAAGUAAAUGAAAAACUAUAAUUUUAGACUGAUUCAUCAUCAAAAGAAAGAAAAAAAAAUAAUCAGAACUCUGAUCUGACUGAGUUAAAUAAAUAAGAUUUCUAUUUCAACUUAGACAAUGGUAUUAGAAAAAAAAUAAAAGUGUAGAAGACUGAUGAAGAUUCAUCUCCUAAGGAUCAUUAGUCAUCCUAGAGUUUUAAUGAUGAUGAAGAUUCAUAAAACUUCAUUGAAUUAAAUAACAGUAAAAUAUUUUAUAUAUUAUAAAGUAAAUAAUAAGAAUGAAAAUAAUUAAAGUAUUAAGGAUAAUUUAGAAGUCCCUUCAUCUUCAAGCUAAUAAGGAAGUCAAUUAAAUAAAAAAAUUGUAUCUGAACCAUAAGAUGAAUAAAAAUAAAAUUCUAACUUUGCAGUAGGAAAGGGAAGAGAAUAGGAAGGAGAAGAAAUUUGAUU